AUGCCAGCACCACAAAAGUCUCGAGUAACGGGCAUCAAAAACGCCAGAGGAAAGUCUUCCAAAUUGCGGUCGACACAGGAGCAGCAGCCUAAAGUGGUAGAGGAGAAGAGCCUGGAGACAAGAAUUCCACCAGAGACCCAGCAGCUUAUUCUGAACCUCUUCAGAAAUUCGUUCCGAGAACGCUUGGAGAGCGAUGUUCAGCCAUUACUGCAGGAAGUGAAGGGGCAUUUGUUUGACCGGAAUUUCAAAAAAGCUUUUGGCAGAGAGGAUUAUCUCGAGGCUUACGCAGCCAGAUGGAGUCCCAGUCGUGCGUUGGGGUACUUGGGGGUGCUUUGGAGGAUGAGGGAAACCCUAGGUCUGGCUGGGCAUGCGCUAAAUGAGAACGAAGGUGAAGCGGACAAGAGCUGGAAAGUCGUGUGUCUGGGUGGCGGUGCGGGUGCUGAGAUUGCAACGUUGGGUGGACUGCAAAAGCUACUCUCUGAUGAGCAACAAGAGCAAGAGGAAGAGCAAAGUUGCUCAAAGAACAUGGAUGUGGUUGCGGUUGACAGCGCCGACUGGACUAAAGUCGUUGAGCAGCUUUCGGAGCACAUUACCACGCCCCCACCACUCUCGAAGUAUGCGUCGGCUGCUGUAAAAGCUGCAAACAAACCACUUGCCGACCCAUCCACUUUCAAGACAACAUUUCACCAACACGACGUUCUGACAAUGGAUUCCAAGACCUUGUCUGCGGUGCUCGACAGUGCAGACCUGGUCACGCUCAUGUUCACGCUCAACGAACUAUACUCGGCCUCUGUUUCUUUAACACAGCAAUUUCUGUUGAGAAUGACUGAAGCUUUGAAACCUGGAGCAAUGUUGUUAGUCGUUGACAGCCCGGGUAGCUACUCAACAGUCAGCCUCAACGGGGCCGACAAGAACUAUCCGAUGCAGUGGUUGUUAGACCACACCCUACUAGCAGACACUUCUGGCGGAAAGGCAAAAGAGGAGGUGAGGAAGUGGGAGAAGGUACAAGAGGACGAUAGCAGAUGGUUCAGGCUGGACGAUCGACUGGAGUAUCCGAUUGAGCUGGAGAAUAUGCGCAUGCAGCUUCAUCUCUACCAGCGACUCUGA